UCACGGCAUUUUACCAUUAGCCCCUCGCCUUCUCGCUGUUCCAUAUCCUCGAGAGAGGAAAACGGAAAAGAAAAAAAAAAUUCAAAAUUUUCUACGAGCUUCUCUCGACCCAAUAGAUUCUCUUCCCCUGCAAAAUAGAUUGCGAUUGGAAUUAGCUAACCAAUCCGCCAUUGCUCCAAUCUUUCGCUUCUCUUCUCUUCCUCUCUUCAUUUUUCUCUACUCUCCCUCACGCUAGGGUUUUGUCCGAAGCCCAAACACAAAUUUUAGGGUAUAGACUUUCCAUCGGCUUCCGGAAGCUCAAAAAAAAAAUUUCAGCCAGUUUCUGGGCACUGAAUGGUUUAGACGGCUAUGGAACAGCUGACUGCUGGAACUGUGUAGCCGCAGAAUGCCGGGAAUCCCUUUGGUGGCUCGUGAAACUUCCUCGCAUAGCCGAAGUGCGGAUCAGAUGUGCCGUGAUGAUGGUCGUGUGCGAUUGUCUGCUGAAGAAGAAAUGGCAGCUGAGGAAAGCCUCUCCACUUAUUGCAAGCCCGUUGAGCUCUACAACAUCCUCCAACGUCGGGCUAUUGGGAAUCCGUUGUUUCUACAGAGGUGUUUGGAGUACAAGAUACAGUCAAAGAAUAAAAGGAGAAUACAAAUGACAGUUUCACUUUCGAUGACACUCAAUGGAGCUUCUCAAUCUCCUAGCCCAUUUCCUCUGUACAUUUUGCUGGCAAGACUUGUUUCAGAGAGUUUGACUCCAGAGAAGCAUUCUGCAGUUUUUCGGUUUAGUCGAGCGUGCAUUAUGAAUGACUUUGCUGGAGUUAAUGGGAGUACACAAGCACAAGCACAUUUCCUACUUCCAGAAUCUAAUAAGCUAGCAUCGGAAGCAAAUUCUGGGUCACUUUCUCUCUUACUUGUCAGCUUCGCUGGAGCUCAGAAUGCAGUGCAUGGACUUGAUUUGACCAAGAGUCAUGUAGGUCUGGAAUUCCUAUCCCUUUUGAUCUGAUAUAAAAUGUUGCAACUGUUUCUUAGGUGUUAUUGUGCAUAUUAGUAUGUGCCAUGGGUCUUCUGGAUAUUGAUGAGUUUAUUUUUUACUUCGUGUAAGAGAUUCUGGCGAAGCAUAAGCUGGCCGAGGGUUGGGUAAAUUGUCUGCUGUGUUACACUAUAGUUUAGGAUGAAUUAUAAUUCUCUAUGGCCUCUGCAUUGAUGCUUCAGAAUAAAUUUGGAUGCAUACGGUGAAUAGAAUAAGUAGGAUGAAUCAUCUCUUAAGCUGGACCCUGGAGGUGCUGAUACCUUUGUAAAUUAUUAUGGUUUCUUUUUGUUUGUUAUCCAAGUCUUCUUUUGUUGGUCUAUUUGUUUUUGUUUCAUGACAGAAAAUGUUGGAGGAUGCUGCCUACUGGGCAAGAUACAACUAGAGUCACUCUAUGCUUCAUGGCAGAAGUCUCCAAACUUAGCCUUGGGACAACGAGUAGAGGUUGCAUCAGCUGUGGACAUGUAUUCAUGCUUCUUAAAGUUGAAUUGUUCAAACGGUGAUAAGUGUGUUUUUGUACAAAUUCCAAAAGGGUCUGAGAAUGAUGCUUCGCAAGUGCAGGUCAAUGUCUCUGCUGAAGAAAUUGGAGCUAGGGAAAAGUCUCCCUAUCAUUCAUACACAUGCAGUGAUGUUUCUUCUUCCUCCUUGUCUCAUAUUAUUAGGUUGAGGGCUGGAAAUGUUGUUUUCAAUUAUAGGUACUAUAAUAAUAAGUUGCAGAAGACCGAAGUAACUGAAGAAUUCUCUUGUCCAUUUUGCUUGGUAAAAUGUGGAAGCUUUAAGGGUCUGAGAUACCAUUUGCCUGCCUCACAUGAUCUCUUCAACUUUGAGUUCUGGGUAACUGAAGAAUUUCAAGCAGUAAAUAUAUCCGUUAAAACCGAUGUUUGGAGGUCUGAGGUUGUUGCUCGUGGUGUUGAUCCAAAGCAGCAAACAUUUUCCUUUUGCUCAAAGAAAUCGAGGCGCAGGAAACCAAAAAGCCAUGUUCAACAAGUAAAGCAUGUCUAUCCUCUGAUCUUUGAGUCAAACCACCAUGCUGGAGCAUGUGACCUUCAUGAUAAAGCUAAUGGUGGCAAGAGCAUGGUAAGCAUCAGCCGUGGUGCUGCAGACGGUGCAGGAAAAGUUUCUUCUGUCUUUGAUGAAAUUGGGGCUUCAGUUUCUGGAGCACAAGGGCACCAGGAAGCUGAAGGUGUUCAGUUGGCAUCUGAUAACAGUGUUGUUCCUCCUGCAAUGAUACAAUUUGCCAAGGCGAGGAAGUUAUCUGCUGAUCGGUCAGAUCUGAAGAACCGCAGCCUUCUUCACAAACGACUGUUUUUUCACUCACAUAGAGCUCAGCCAAUGGCAUUGGAGCAAGUGCUAUCGGAUGUGGACAGUGAGGAUGAAGUUGACGAUGAUGUUGCAGACUUCGAAGAUCGAAGGAUGCUUGAUGACUUUGUUGAUGUGACCAAGGACGAGAAACAUAUAAUGCACUUGUGGAAUUCCUUUGUCCGGAAGCAGAGAGUCCUGGCCGAUGGGCACAUCCCGUGGGCGUGUGAGGCAUUCUCCAGGCUCCAUGGGAAAAGCCUCUUAGCAGCUCCAGCCCUACUCUGUUGCUGGAGACUGCUGAUGGUAAAACUGUGGAAUCACGGGCUGUUGGAUGCACGCAGCAUGAACAAAUGCAACCUGGUUCUGGAGGGAAUUCAGAAGCAGGAUUCGGAAGGCGGGAAAAGCUAAAGUCGAACUUCUGGAAGAAGAGGCAACCCUAGCCAAAGGCUCAAACAGUUGAAAGAGUUGGCUCAUCAAGCGUUUUGCAGGCUGAGCUUCAAGAAGCUCUCAUAGUGUUUGUAUUGUUGUUUAUAUUAAUUCUCAUUUCAUCGUCGUUGCAAAGCUGUAAUAGUGAUUGGCGACGUUAAGUUAAAACAGAGGGACUGAGUGCCAUUUGUAAUGAUGUCUCCAACAUUUGGAAUUCGACAUUCGACAUUGCCCGUUUGUGAGAAGAUCAUACUGAUUGGUACGGUUGAAAACAAAA